CGUGAACACCCCAUUGUUUAGCGUUCAUGAACUGAGUCUGUUCUAGGUCCUCCCGGUGGACGGGUCGUGGCGCGGCGGUGUGUGUGGAUGAAUUUAGUGGAAUUCCCAAGCAGUGCCCGAUGGAGGCCGGCGGAUAAAGGCGAAAUAAGUCUGUAAAGUGGAGUAAUUAGUGGAAGGGAGUGCGGGGGGCGGUGUAGAGUGGUGUUGAGUGGACUAGCGCCGCGGAGCAGGAGCAGGAGCAGGAUGGGGGAAGUGGCCAUCACUUGGCUUCCUUCGCUAUGAUAUGUACAACAACGGAGAGGGAGACAGCCUGUAGGAGUGUGGGUGUUGGAGGAGGAGGAGGAGGCGUGGGGGGAGGCGGAGGAGGAGGAGGAGGUGGUGGAGGCGGCGGUUUCUUAGCUAGUGGCAUCUACUCUACCAUGCCAUUGUCUAGAACACGCUCUCUACUUGCAAAUAUCAACGGUGCAUCCCCGGGAGACACCACCACCACCACUACUACCACCACACCCACCACCACCACGGACUUCCUGGAAGGUGUGAAUGUUACCACCACCACCACCACCACUGCUACCACGCACCUGCCGCCCCUGAAGCAAGCCCUCGCCAUGAAGACCACCGGGGCCCCAGCCAUCAACCAGCUGUACGAGUUUGACGAUAACAACUCCAACUCUGAGCAGAAUGGCCAGGGGAACCAGGUGGGCACGCAGGUGAGCAGCGAGUCCAGUCUACCUGUGGUCAGGCCGCCCUCAGCUGACUCCUCCAGCCUCAAGAAUGGGUCCACCAGGCAGCCCAAGACCUACGUGGCGACGCCCGAGCAGGUGAUGAAGUAUUAUAUGAAUAAACUCACCCCUUACGAACACAAGGAAAUAUUUAACUACCCUCAAAUUUACUUCAUCGGGGCGAAUGCAAAGAAGCGCCCUGGGAUCAUUGGCUCGGGGAAUCAAGCUAUCUCUUCAAACUACGGCUAUGACGACCACCAGGGCUCCUAUGCACACAUACCCCACGACCACAUUCAAUAUAGAUACGAGGUGUUGAAAAUAAUCGGUAAGGGUAGUUUUGGGCAGGUAGUGAAGGCUUACGACCACAAAAGCCACCUCCACGUAGCUCUCAAGAUAGUGCGGAAUGAGAAACGCUUCCAUAGACAGGCGCAGGAGGAGAUAAGGAUCCUGGAACUGUUAAAGAAGCAAGAUAAGGAAAACACCAUGAACAUUAUCCACAUGUUUGACCAUUUCACCUUUCGUUCCCAUACCUGCAUUACCUUCGAACUGCUCUCCAUUAACCUGUACGAACUCAUUAAGAAGAACAAGUUUAUGGGAUUCAGUCUGCAGUUGGUGAGGAAGUUUGCGCACAGCCUCCUCUUGUGUCUCGAUGCUCUCUACAAGAACAAAAUCAUCCACUGCGAUAUGAAGCCGGAAAAUGUUCUUCUCAAGCAGCAGGGCAGGAGUGGCAUUAAGGUGAUAGACUUUGGUUCAUCGUGCCUGGAGAACCAGCGGGUGUACACCUACAUACAGAGCAGAUUCUACCCGCCGGAGGUCAUCCUGGGGGCCAAGUAUGGCAUGGCCAUUGAUAUCUGGUCCCUCGGCUGCAUCCUGGCCGAGCUGCUCACCGGAUACCCCCUGCUGCCCGGAGAGGACGAGGCGGACCAGCUGGCGUGCAUCAUGGAGCUGCUGGGCAUGCCUCCAGCGCGCCUGGUGGAGCAGAGCAAGCGUGCCAAGAACUUCAUCACCAGCAAGGGUUACCCACGGUACUGCGUCACCCGCACCCUGCCAGAUGGCUCCACCAUCCUGCAUGGGGGCCAGAGCCGGCGGGGCAAGCCCAGGGGGCCGCCAGGGUCCAAAACGCUGCAGACAGCACUGAAAGGCUGCAACGACCCGCUCUUCCUGGACUUCAUCCAGCGCUGCCUGGACUGGGACCCCGCCACCCGCAUGACGCCCAGCCAGGCCCUGCGGCACGGCUGGCUGCGGCGGCGCCUGCCCAAGCCGCCCUCGGAGAAGAGCGACUCGCCAGCGUCCACGCUGCGCACGCCGUCGUCGUCAUCGUCGCGCACGCCGUCGUCUGCCGCUGCCAAGCUGAACACCAUCGCCGCGCCAGCCACCAAGCUGCGCGCCACCAUCACUGACGACGCUGGCUCCGCCACGCUGCACCCCCGCCACCACACCAAGCUGCCCCAGAUCACCAACCCCGUCACCUGAGCCCCGCCCGCCGCGCCCCGCUGCCCCGACACCCACAUAUCAGACCAAAGUGCAAUUGGGCGAGGCACGGGGCGGUGGGCAGUGACGGACGGGGCGCCCCGUGCUGCGGGACGCUCACUGGCGCCACCCCGCCCCGGCCCCGUGCCCCGCCGACACACACACUAGUCGUGAAGCGCUGCCCCACCCCGCCCCACCUCGGCGGGGCAGGGCGAACUGUCAAACUGAUAUUACAACUCGUCUGAUGAUCUCACUUGUUCACAAAGGCGGGGCUGGGCGGGGCGGGGCACCCCUCCCCAUCCCCCUCCCCCGCCCCGGGUCGCCUGACACAAUCAAAACUUAAAGAGAGGCGGCAGUCGUCAUUUGUACUCCAUUUAUACUUAGCAAGCACAACAAACAAACUAACAAACAAACAAAGCAAGGAAGGAAGCAAGGAACACACAAAGAAGGCAUUCACCCCAUCAACUCUCACACACACACACACACACACACCCAUGCACCCCUCCCCCCCUCAUGUGUGUGUGUGUGUGUGUGUGUGUGUGUGUGUCUGUGUGUGUGGGUGCCUUGUGGGUGUGACUGGUGGAGUGUGGAUGGGGUGGGAGAGUGUUGGUUGCUUACUGGUGAUCUUUGGCAUUUAAAGUGUGUGUGUGUGUGUGUGUGUGUGUGUGUGUGUGUGUGUGUGUGUGUGUGUGUGUGUGUGUGUAGGUGAAUCACUGCCUUGUUUGCUCACAUAUAGUUCUUAUGUGUCUCGUUUUUUGUCAUUUUUUCACCUUUUACAUUUUCUACGAGUUAGGUUAGUCUCCCCCACUUUUAUACCCUCCCCCCUCACCUCCUCCCCUCUCCCCACCUACCACAAGUAAACAAGCCGCCACAGUUUCCCGUUUUUUUUCCGUCUGUCUCUCUUUUUGUACCACGUCUUCUAUAUUUUUGACGUUUUUCCUAAUUUUUUUGACGGAAACUAAUAUUUUUUUGUGUAAUUUUUUUUAAAUUUUAUUUUAUUUUAUUUUUUCCAGUGGUUAUCUGUGCAUCUGCCAAAGUCACAUGUAUACACACACACACGCACACACAUACAUACACACACACACAUACGUAUGCACAUACAUACAUAUAUUAUUUUUACGGGUUUCUCAGUCAGUAUGUUGGAAGUAUUACGUGGAGGAGGAGGAAGAGGAGGAGGAGGAGGAAGAAGAAGAGGAGGAGGAGGAGAUGAUUCACCAAACUUCCAUUAUAACAUCUGAACUUAUCAUGUCCUCCUUGACCCCUCCACUACCACCACCACCACCACUACUUGAUCCUGAUCUUGGCCGAGGGAAGCUGAUCCGUCAACCAAUCACAGACCAGAUGCAAGAAAAUAUGAGAAGAAAAAGAAAUAAAAGAAAAUUGGCCUAUGGAAAUAAAAAGGUCGGCUGAGAAAAGAAAAAGAAACUAAUGAGAAAUGAAAGAAAAGAGAGAUAGAUAGAGAAAAUUAAAGAAAGUGAGAUAGUUUUAGCCAGUUUCAUGUGUUCUAUUUUCUCGUCAAUGUGAGGAAGAAAGCGAUCAUUGUAUCAUAUUGUAUUUAAUUGUUUUAUAUUCAAUUAAGCUCACUGAUACUUUUAUGUGUAUUUAAUUCUCUUUUUUUCUUCAUCUUUUUUUGUAUUUUUUAAGCAGUGCAAUAUGUCCUAGUGAUGUUAAGGUGCAUCUUGGUGAUCUUUGUGUUCCUUUGUGUUCCUUUAGGCUUGUGUCACCUCUUCUGUGUCUCACCUUACUGAGAGAAAGAGAGAGAGAGAGAGAGAAAGGGAGGGAGGGAGGUGCUGGCUAGCUGGGCUGUGACGAUUGGGCUGCAGUGACAUUACCUUCAUCAUCAUCAUUAUUGUUAUCAUCAUCACUAAAUUCAUACAACUCAGAGAUAAGAUAAGGUAUGACAUUUUAGAUAAUUGAUAAUUCACAACAUUUUCAAUAAUUCACUAUGCUGAGAAAUGUUAUGCAUCAUUUUAUAUAUUUUUUAUAUAUACAACUUGAACGUGUAGGGUGUGAAAAAAUGUAGCAUUGAUGUUUGAAUGUUUUGAGUUUUGACAAUCUUGUAAUGUUCUUGACAAUCCGGAUAGUUCACACAUUCACACAAGUUGGAGGAGGUGGUGAAAAGAAACACCGGUGCAGGGAGGUGAGUGUGAGUAUAUCCCUGAGUAGUUUUGCCGUUUGCUUCUUCAGGAGAGUUGGCGAAACUAGUCAGGAAUAAAACACUCACCUCCCUGCACCUGUGUUUCUUUUCACCUCUUCCUCCAAUCCAGAUAGUGUUGCAGUGAUCCAGAUGUUCUGUUGUUAUGAAAAAUUUCCAUCAUAUAUAGUUUUUAUACAA